GACAUGCCCUGCAACUCCCCGCACUUCUCGCUGCUAUCCUCAUUUCUCAUUUCUUCCGUUUUUGUUUUUUUUGAGUGGUAGUCGGAUUCUUUCCGGAUAUGUCGGCCGAUCAUCCCACCGCCGGCGUUGACACCGAUAAGCUCAGCUACGAGAUAUUCUCCAUCCUCGAGAGCAAGUUCCUGUUCGGCUACGAUCACCAAAAGCUCUGGAUUCCCAAAUCCAUCUCACCGCCGCCGCCGUUGCCGACCGAUGAAGUAGUCUCUGCCCUUUCGCCGCCGCCGAAAGGAAUUUGUAAAUACCCGAGGGGGAAAAUCUGCGUUCUGUCCGUUGAUGGCGGCGGAAUGCGGAACAUCCUCUCCGGGAAGGCGCUGGCGUACUUGGAGAAGGCGCUGAAGGAGAAAUCGGGCGACCCGGAUGCCCGGAUUUGCGAUUACUUCGACGUCGCUGCCGGCUCCGGCGUCGGAGGGAUUUUCACGGCGAUGCUGUUCGGGACGAGGGACCAGAGCCGUCCGAUUUUUGCGGCGGAGGAAACGUGGAGGUUUUUGGUUGAGAAGGGAGGGAAGCUCUACCCGAAUUCCGGCAGAAACGGAAUUCUCCGGCGGAUUUUCCGUAGCGAAGCGGCGCCUUCCGCCGCCGGUAUGGAGAAGGCGAUGAAGGAAGCCUUCUCAGACGAGAAAACGGGUCGGGCGUUGACGCUGAAGGACACGAUUAAGCCGGUUUUGAUUCCGUGCUACGACCUAUCGAGCGGCGGCGCGUUCGUGUUCUCCCGGGCCGACGCGCUGGAGUCGGACGGGUUCGACUUCCGGCUGUGGGAGGUGUGCAGAGGCACGUCGGCGGAGGCGGGAGUCUUCGGGCCGGUGGGGAUGAGUUCGGUGGACGGGUCGACCCGGUGCGUGGCGGUGGACGGAGGAGUGGCGAUGCCCAACCCGACGGCGGCGGCCAUCACGCACGUGCUGCACAACAGGGAGGAGUUUCCUCUGGUGAGAGGGGUGGAGGACAUUUUGGUACUUUCGCUGGGCACGGGUCAGCUUAUAGAAGGCGGCGGUUUGUCAAGCGAGCGAGCCAAGGAGUGGAAGGGGAACGAGUGGGCCCGCAUCUCCGGCGACUGCUCCGCCGAUUUAGUUGACCACGCCGUCGCAAUGGCGUUCGGCCAGUGCCGGAGCUCCAACUACGUGCGCAUUCAGGCAAACGGGUCAAGUUUGGGGGGCGGGGCGAGCCUAGACACCGACCCGAGCCCGAAGAACGCGAGGAGGCUGGUGGGGAUUGCAGAGGAAAUGCUGGCGCAGAAGAACGUGGAGUCCGUGCUGUUCGGAGGGAAGAGGAUCGGGGAGGAGAGCAACGCCCAGAAACUUGACUGGUUCGCCGGAGAGCUGGUGGAAGAGCGGCGGCGCCGGAGGGGAAUAUCCCCCAUUGUCACCAUCAAGAAAGCCGCUCCUCCUUCAACGAGCCUCCCCUGUUGAAUUGAAAGAGAAAAGGGCUGGUGACAAAAGUAGGGGUAAAAUGGAGAAAAAGUGUGGUAAGCCUGCAUAAUCUUCUCUUAAUUACCAAAGUGGGAUUUGAAAAAAGGGCACUCAUCAACUGUAAAAAAAGUGGUUGUGUUAGGAUAUUACUAUGAUGUUUUUUUUGGGGAUUUUUUUGUCUGCAUAUGGCACAUUUGGUGGACAUGGCAACUUUGAAAAAGUCAAAGUGAAUGGAAUCUCUAUUGUAAUCCUUUGAUAUGAUUAGGGGAAUUGUUUUCUUUACUCAAGAAAUAAUAUCUGUUUCC